AUGAAGGCUGCUCCUUCCAUGCGGCCACUUAAGGCGGCCGCUCAAUCUAAGAGAUUCGUCAGCGGCACAAACAACUCCCGCUCGUCAGUCGCCGCAACCAGUCUCUUGAACCCGAUCGCGCGUUCGACGCCUCCGCAACCACGCAAAGCGCUGGCCGCGCCCUUGGCUAAGCUGCCCCUUUCAUCAGUGCUGCGGUCUUUGCUAGUGCUCUCUGUCUCUUCUUCUACUCUUCUCCUCAAGCCAUGCAUCUACACUCUAUCGUUGUUGGCACACCCCCGUUCCGCCAUCUGGGAUGUCGCUAAGAAUCCGUUGCUGAACGCACUGGUAAAGCACACCAUCUACAAGCAAUUCAACGCUGGUGAGAACAAGCUUGAGGUCCAAGAGUCCAUCCGCAAGAUCAAGGAUCUUGGAUGCCGCGGUGUUUUGCUCGGAUACGCUCGUGAGGUCCUGGUCGGCGAGAAUGACGAUGCCGCCUAUGACGCCAAGGCCGCUCUAGCUGAGAUCCAAAUGUGGCUCGACGGAACUCUGGCCACCGUCGAUAUGGCCCAGGCCGGUGACUUUGUUGCUCUCAAGUUCACUGGAAUGGGUACCGAUGCCCUCCGCCUCCUGCAGAAGGAGACCAUGCCCACCGACUUCAUGGAUGAGUCGAUCAAGCGCGUCUGCGACCUGGCCAUCUCCCGCGGCGUGCGUCUGCUCGUUGACGCCGAAGAGCAAGCCGUGCAGCCCGGUAUCGAGGCCUGGAUCAUGAAGUACCAGAAGUACUGCAACUCCCAAACCCCCGGUCGCGCGAUCUUUUACGGCACCUACCAGGCCUACCUGCGCUCCACCCCCGCCACUCUGGCCAAGCACCUCGAGAUCGCCCGCGCUGAGGGAUACACCCUGGGCGUCAAGCUGGUUCGCGGUGCCUACCUGAAGACCGAGCCCCGUCAGGUCAUCUGGGCCGAGAAGGAAGACACCGACCGCUGCUACGAUGACGUUGUCGAGGCCCUCCUCACCCGCAAGUAUAACUCCAUGCUCCAGGCUCCCACCAAAGAAACCCCGACCGAACUGCCACCUCUCAAUGUCAUCAUCGCCACCCACAACCGCGAGUCUGUCCGCAAGGCCCACGCUCUCCGCAUGGAGCAGGCCACCCGCAACGAGGACUACGGUGUUGACCUCAGCUACGCUCAGCUCCAGGGUAUGGCCGACGAGGUUAGCUGUGAGCUGCUUCAAGGAUUCGAGAACGCCGAGUCUUCCGUCGGUGCUACCCCCAUGGAUGCUCCCAAUGUCUUCAAGCUUUUGACCUGGGGUUCCGUCAAGGAGUGCAUGGGCUUCUUGCUCCGUCGCGCUGUCGAGAACACUGAGGCUGUUGGCCGAACCAAGGACUCUCAGAUCGCCAUGAUUGGCGAGUUGAAGCGUCGCUGCGGCUUCGGUGGUAGCCAAUAA